CUUAACUUUACUCAUAACUGCCAUUCCAUUUAAAGACAAAGAAAGACAUAAAUGAAACAUAAUAAUGAAGCCUGAUAUUGAGGAAAUGUCCAGAAGUAAAUCCGGUGGUCUUGUUCCCCCAGAAAAUUUUGACUUUCCUUUUCCUCCUUAUCCAAUACAACAUGAGUUCAUGUCCAUGCUUUAUUCAACGAUUGAAGAAGGAAAGUUGGGAAUCUUUGAAAGUCCAACUGGAACUGGAAAAUCGCUGAGUAUAAUAUGUGGUGCGUUAUGCUGGUUGAGAGACCACAUAGCUCGUGAAAAGGAUUUGUUAAAGGAAGGGAUUGAAGACUUGAAAAAACAAGAAGAAGAGUUAGAAAAAGAGAAUGAUUGGAUUAGCGGCCAAUCACGGAAACUUGAAUUGGAGCGAAGUCGCUUACAACUUCAGAGUACAUUGAAACUAAUGACUGAUCAGGAUGAAGAAAUACAACAAAUGAAAGAAAGAAUAUCAAAACAGGUGACAAAAGAACACAUUUUAAAAGAAGAUAACAAACCAAAGAAAUCAAAGGAUGAAGAUUCAACUGACAUACUGGAUGAUGAAGAUCUCUUGUUGGAGGAAGUUGAUCUGAAGGAAAUUAAGGAUUAUGAUAGCGCUGAAGAAGAAAAAGAAGAAGAGAAAUAUCAGGGUGUUCAGAUAAUCAUCUGCAGUCGUACACACUCACAAUUGUCUCAGCUGGUCGGGGAAGUUAUCCGCAGUCCCUACAGUGAUGUUCGGCUCGUACCUCUAGCAUCCAGACAGAGCUACUGCGUUAACAGUGCCGUCAGGAAACUGAACAGCUUGGCUCUCAUCAACGAGAAAUGUUCAGAUCUUCUUAGGGGAUCUAAGGGCCACAAAACAAAAGUGGAAGAGGGACUGACGACAAAAAAGUCAAAAGUAGCAUCUGGUUGCCUGUUUCUAAGGUCGAGCCAAGCAGUGAAUAGGCUGACAGAGGAGGCGUUGGUUAAGGUUCAAGACGUCGAAGCUUUGGUGGAGAAAGGCAAGAAGCAUUCUGCGUGUCCAUACUACGCCACUAGAUCUGCUGUGCCUAUGGCUCAAGUGUUGGUCGUUCCAUACAACACUCUACUACACAAGGAGACUAGAGAGGCGUGUGGGCUGCGGCUCCGAGGCAGCGUGGUGAUCAUAGACGAGGCUCACAACCUGCUAGACGCUAUCUCACAAGUCUAUAGCGCACAACUCACAGGCCAACAGCUUACCCAUGCAUACAGCCAGCUGGUACAGUAUAGAGACAAGUACAGCAAAAGGUUCAGUGCUACCAACCUAAUGUAUUUGGAACAGCUGAUUUUUGUAACAGCAAGACUGAUUCGUAUGUUAGGUGGGAAAGCUGGCUGUCCUCCCAAUGAAGGAACGGGAAAAGUGAUUGACACCAAACUGUUCUCCCUCGGAUUAUUUCUCACUGAAGCCCAGAUCGACAACAUCAACCAGUUCAGGCUCAUUGAGUUUGCGAACCGAAGCAAACUGUCUCAUAAGUUGCAUGGAUUCUCCGAGAGAUAUCAGCCCACAGUCAACAUAACACCCAAAGCUGCUCCUGAAAGUGGUAUCAGAGCAUUUUUGAAAGAGAUAUCUGCUAAAAAGAAUACACCUGAACCAGUUGCAGAAACUCCUGCAGAACCAGAGGAGCGAGUCAGCAACAACCCUAUCCUGCCUGUGUUGGCGUUCCUGCAAGCUCUCACUAGUUCCUGCAGUGAUGGCCGCGUCGUCUGCAGCACUCAGUCUACUGUGGGUCGAGGAUCGCUGAAAUUUCUCCUUCUCAACCCAGCUGCUCAUUUCACCGACAUCGUAAGCCAAUCAAGGAGUGUAGUGGUGUGUGGAGGCACCAUGCAGCCUAUCUCUGAGUUCAAAGAUCAGCUGUUUGCCGCUGCCGGAGCUGAUACUACGAGGGUCACACAGUUUAGUUGUGGUCAUGUCAUACCACCGGAACACAUACUGCCUAUUGUCCUCACUUCAGGCCCGACCAACAAACCUUUUGAUUUCUCCUACCAGAAUCGUAACUCGGUUGCUAUUAUGACAGAGCUCGGAAGAACUUUGGACAACUUUUGCAACAUAGUCCCUGGAGGCAUUGUAUGCUUCUUCUGUUCCUACGACUACGAACAAGCUGUUUUUGAGCACUUCAAAAAAUCCGGAACAAUCGAUAAACUUUCUUUGAAGAAGAAGAUUUUCCGUGAACCUCGCAAGUCAAGCCAAGUAGAUCAAGUAUUGUCAGAUUACGCGGCCGCUGUCAAGGCUGGUAAGAAGAACCCAGCGAUCAAACCCAACGGAGCUCUUCUCUUCAGUGUUGUUGGGGGCAAGUUAAGUGAAGGCCUGAACUUCAGUGAUGAUCUGGGUAGAUGUGUUAUUGUCGUAGGAAUGCCGUACCCCAACAUCAAGAGUCCCGAACUGCAGGAGAAGAUGGCAUACCUAGACAGCACCCUGGGAGGAGGUGCAGGCCAAUCACACUAUGAGAACCUUUGCAUGAAGGCAGUCAAUCAGUGUAUUGGUCGCGCGGUGCGACAUCGCGAGGAUUACGCCACUGUGCUGUUACUAGACGCAAGAUACGCACGACCAAACACGCUUAAACUGCUUCCCGGCUGGAUACAAACAUCGCUACAGACAAAUCAGAAGAUGGGACCAACUGUUGCUGCUGUGGCAAAGUUUUUUGCUGCCAAACGGGCUAAAAAUGCAUCACAGUGAAGAAACUUCUACUUCCGAAUCACAGCUGAUCCUGAAAACAGUUUGUUCCUGUUUUCUUUUAAGAGUGACAUACUUUGUGAUAUUAAUGAAACUGUUUAUUUUAUUUUAGGUUAUGAUAUAUUUAGUUAUGUUUGAAUUUAAUACUAUUAGUCUUAAAUGUGUUAAAUGAAUACUAAACAUCACUCAUCUGAGCCUUUCAACUCCAUGACAUUACAUGACAUUUUUUAUACCGUGUG